AUGGAUUCUUCGUUAACAACACCUCCCGGUUCCUACCAGGGACCACUGGGGUUCAUGUCCAAACUGUCUGACAAGGUCUACCUCUAUCGGCCUCCAUCCACAACAGGCAGCGGCGGCGGCGGCGGAGCCUCACCGCCGGCCGGCGUCCCCAAGCUGAUCGUGGUCUUUGGCUGGAUGGACGCGCGCGACGUACACCUGGCCAAGUACGUAAUCGGACACCGGGCGCUGUUCCCGACGUCGCAGAUCCUGCUCGUCAAGGACCGCCUCUACCACCGCUUCCUCUCCUUUGCGGUCGCGCGCGCCCUGAAGCCCGCGGUCGCCGUGCUCGAGGCCGCGCAGCUCUCGGGCGACCGGACCGAGCUGCUCGUCCACGCCUUCUCCAACGGCGGGUCGGCAAUGCUGGCCAACCUGUACCGGCGGUGCGUGCUGCCGCCGCACGUCUUGGUCAUGGACUCGUGUCCGGGCCAGUUCUCGUACCGGCGCUCCCUGGCCGUGCUCAGCGUCGGCUUGCCCUUUUGGAAGCGCCUGCUGCUGGUGCCCGUGUUCCACACCUUCAUCGUCAUCUACUACCUCGCCUUUUACGUCUCCCCCUGGGCCCGGAGGCGGACAACCUCCCUGGCCAGCAACGCCGCCGCCCACAACGACAGGUCCGUCAAGGGCGACGGUGAGAGGGCGAGGGCCUACAUUUACAGCGACGUCGACGAGUUCAUCGCGUCCCGCGACGUCGAGAGGCAUGCCGACCAGGCCAAGCAGAUGGGCCUGCCUGUUAGGUUGGAGAAGUUUGUCGGCAGCCCCCACGUUGCUCAUAUGCGCACUGAUGAGGAUCGCUACUGGUCCAUUGUGCAGGAGACAUGGGAGGAGGGACAGACCAAAUCCAACUGA